AGCGUCAUUGACAUAGACCAGAGGUACUGCCCGUGAACACAUGAACGACCAACGCUGGACGGCCCCAGCUUCCUGGGCAAAUAUCCUGCUUUUUCAUUCCUUCGCGACAGGUAGCAGCUCACUCGAAGACUGCGUUCUACCGAAGCCAAUGCCUUGGUGCACAACUACAAGUGCUCGUCUAUCGCGCUCAUCAAGCUCAAUGUCUUGCUCUCAACAUCUCGGCGAAUGCCAUCAAAUGCCAUGCACCCGACGCCGCACCUCUUCGGUGUCGUCGAAUUACCCAUCAACGUCGUCAAGUCGCAGCGCCCGUCACUUUAUACACCAACCCGCUGAGUCAUUCGAUGCAGUCGUCGAUCCAUCGGCAGUUCGAGUACGCCGGUACCCAAUGCAAGGCAAGUUGUCUCAGGCCUUGGCCUUUGCUCCGUUCAGGAUGGCCGCCCCAGGUUCGUUGUACUAUGUUCCAUGUCCUGGGCGCAGCCAAGGCCUCAUAGCUGGUGCGUAUCUAUGAUGCUGAACAGCUCCCCGCACCCGAGGUAAGCCGUAUGCUGCUGAGA